GACGCUUGGCUCCGCAGCAGUUUCUGCAUUCCUUAACAAUUGCUGGAAGGACUAAACAGUUGUAGGAAUUAUUGCCAAAUUCCCGGAUUCAUUACAUGUAAUCCCUGGAAUCUGAUUUGGGUGGGGCUUCAAGAAUGCAUGUCUUGAAGAUGUUGCAAGUACUAAAAGGAAAGUGAUGCAAACACCUGUGAAUCCACUGUCCCUUCCCCCUCCCAGCUCUCUCUCCUGCUCACUUCUUGCCGGGAGAGCAUUCUGAGCAGAGAGAAAGCAGACUUCAUUCCCAGGGACACCUUGGAGGCUGUCCUGUUGAAGAGUCCCCAGUGGACCAAGCUCCCAGUGUUCAGCUGCUCUGUUCUUCCAAGGCGGCUCUCACAAACUUUUUACUUCUGCAAUUCUGAUGAACUAUACAAGAGGGGAGCUUGCAGCCGCAGGAUGAGAUGGAUAAACAUGGAUAUGAACUUGCCAAAUGAAAUAUGUUGCAGACCUCUGCUCCGCAAAGCCUGAGACCAUAGAGAUCACAAUGAAUCCACUUGAUUCUGCCUAAGAAGAAAAGUAGAGCACAGGAAAUUCUGCACUGGAGGACUCAGUUUGGUGGUAUAAUGUUCUCAAAAGAUGAACCUAUUGCUCUCUUAUCUGAUGCUACUGCAAUCAUGACCCAUAACACCUCAUGCCACAUAGACUCAGAGUUCCGAUACACUCUUUUUACCAUCUUCUACAGUGUUAUCUUCAUUCUGGGCUUCAUUGCCAACUGCUAUGUGCUGUGGAUUUUCAGUCAUGUUUACCCUGCAAGAAAACUCAAUGAAAUCAAGAUAAUCAUGGUGAACCUAACAAUAGCUGACCUGCUCUUCUUGGUCACACUGCCCCUGUGGAUCAUUUACUAUUAUAACCAAGGGGACUGGAUCAUGCCAGGAUUUCUGUGCAAUGUGGCAGGCUGGUUAUUUUUUGUUAAUACUUACUGUUCUGUAGCCUUCUUGACAGUCAUCACGUACAACCGAUAUCAGGCAGUGACCAAGCCGAUCAAAGCUGUUCAAUCCAGCACCCGAAGAAAGGGUAUCUACAUGUCAGCAGCUAUCUGGAUUGUGAUAGCAGGCAGUACUUUGUACUACCUUUUUGACUCUGGCGUUACAGAAGAGAAAAUUGGCUCUAGCAAUGUCACACGGUGUUUUGAGCGCUAUGACAGCGCUGGAGACAACAAGUCCAUCCUUGCCAUCCACAUGAUCAUAUGCAUUGUAUUCUAUGUCAUUUUCCUGGUUAUUCUGGGGUUUAAUGGGAUCAUUAUCAGGACACUGCUUUCCAAGUCGGCACAGCCUCGACGGAGUGUCCAUGUCAAGCAGAGGGCAUUUUGGAUGGUGUGCACAGUCCUGGCUGUGUUUGUCAUAUGCUUUGUACCUCACCAUCUUAUCGAUCUCCCUUGGACCUUGACAGUCCUAGAAGUGUGGCAGAAGGAAAACUGUCUACUCCGCCAGCAGCUCAAUGAUGCCCAUCAGGUGACGCUGUGCCUGCUGAGUACCAACUGUGUGCUGGACCCCAUCAUUUACUGCUUUCUUACCAAGAAGUUCCGGAAGCAUCUUUCAGAGCAUUUUAAAACCAUGAAAGGGAGUCGCAAGUGUUCCAAACAAAUCACUGAAACUGUGAUUGAGGGCACUAUACCCCUCACGUACAUCCCUGGUGCAACUAUCAGAAACUAAUGGGAUCCUACUUUUGACCGAGCCAGCUGAAUUACUGAGAUCAGCAGCUACCUCUCUCCCUAAAAAAAAAGAAAAGAAGAACUGAAAUGCCCUGGGGGCUGAUGGAAGCACCUUCUGCUAUGAGCAGGCAUUUCAUAGUUAACUGAGCGGAGCUCAACCACUUUGUUUUUCUGGGAGGAAAAAUGUCAUUGACUUUUUUUCUCUAGGGAGCUCCAGAAAUCUGAGCAUUUCUGGAAAUACCCAUUAACCCAUCUCAAGUUCUGGCACCACAGACUGGACUCAUAUCCAUGUAGGUAUGAGCAUAAUGAGAUGCCAGCACCACGGGGCGACUCAGCUUGCCCCUGCCAUGGAACAUAAUACUUGAGUAUCUGAAAGAUCAAUGACUGAACAGAAACCUUAAAAUUCAUGUGAUUUUCACUACUGGUGGUUUUUGUAUGUCUUACUACUCAAAAGGGUAAUGUUGCUAUGUACUGUUAAGGAGCUGCUGCAUUCCUCUAAGGUGCUUGCGUCUCUUUGUAUUGUAGACUGAAUGCAAACUUUUAACUCCAUCCAGCACCUUAAACUGGCAAUAGCUAACUGUCCUUUUCAUAGUGCACCAGGUUAAAAAGGGCUGAGUGGGGAAAAAUUUGGAACCAGGGACUGAGACCCAGGUGUUCCUCAAGAUGCUAUGAGAUGAGUGAAACUUGGAACGUUAAGGCAGGACAACCACUGAACUGCUGGAUACAGCUCGAGGUGUAAGCUCAAGCACUGAGUCAAGGGUGAAAGUGCUCCUGCCCCAAAGACUAUGGCUAUAUUCUGUAUGGGUCCACACAGAGCUGGCUCUUCUGUAGGUGGCAGACUGUUGCAAAUCAUGGGACACUUCAGUCUCAUGGGCUAACCCUGGAUUGCUUAACAGUGAAAUUCCCCCUAGCAAAGGAAGUGGAACAGGGUGGGGAACAUGGUUUAGGUGGCACAUGAAUUUAUGGUUUCUCUAUUUUGGAAAAUCUUUGUAGCUGGUAACGGAAACAUUAUUUACCACAUUGGAAAUAGGACGAGGUAUUUAUACUCAUUAAUAGUGAUUUGGUAGUAUCAGCCAGAGGACUGCUGACAGAUAAGUUUGAGUGGCAGACUCCAAACCUUUCCAAAUAUAGGGUCACCACUGGUAUCUGAUUUAUGUAACUAAAAAAAGCUGAAUAAAAUAAGGCAUGCCUUUUACUUCCUCUAGGUUAGACUUCUGUAAUGAACUGCUAAAUAAAGGCUACCAAUAAAGAGUGUGUUGAUGCUUUUUCUAGAGUUAAUAUGGCACCUAACAGGUUAGUCGGGUGAACCAUUCUGAGUUCUUAGCACUCAUGCCCAAAGCUUCCAUGUUCACGUGAACUGAGAUACAAAGCAACAGUGAUGAAUUUUAACUCUUCAAGGAUCUGAGAUCUAUGUUCUGGAAGAAUAUCCUCUCAUAUCUAUGAUCCACUGGGGCAAGGGAGAUUGGUUAAGAAGCGCUUCCAACAAGAAGAUGAAAUGAAAGUCCUCAGUUUUUAAAACUUAAUUUAUUUAAUGAAUCCAACUUUAUCAAAUAACACAUUUAAGGUUUAAAAAUACAUCCAAUCCCCUUAUUUAUACAUAAAGGCAGAUAUAUUUUGUUCAUCAGCAGUGUUCCUUAACCCAAAUCAAUGUCCACAGAGGAAUCUUCUUUUCCUCUUUCUUUCUUUCGGUCUCUGAUGGUUACUUUACAGUUUGAUUUUAAGCCAUGUGGUUUCUUCAACUCUCUAUAUAAAAUUUGCUUAAUAAUUCACCCCCUCCCCGUUAUCUCAGAAUUCUGCAUAAUACAAAGCUCACCAUCUCCUACUUAUCUAAUAUUUUUAGAUUUUGAGUUUGUUUCAGAUUUGUUCUUAACUGUUAGCUCACAGAACUUGCAUUUUCCUCCCAGUAGAAAUAAAUGAGCUGAGCCAAGAAGAUUCCAUAAGAUCACAGGAAAGUAGGGAUGGAAGAGAUCUCACAAGAUCAGCCAGUCCAGCCCCUGUUGAUUGUCCCCAACUAAACCAUUACAUUCAAGUGUCUGUCCAAUCUUGCUCUUGAAAAUUAGUAAGGAUGGAGAUUCCACAAUUUCUCUAGGUGUUCUGUUCCAAAGUUUGACCACCAUCAUAGUAACUUCCUCCUAAUCUGCAGCCUGGAUUUCCUCUGCUGGAGUUUGAGGCCACUGUUCCAAGACCUGUCUCCUAUGGCUACAGAGGAAAGCCCAUCACCCUUCAAAUCCCCCCUCAGUCUUCUCUUCUCCAAACUGAAUAGCCCUAGUUCUUUAGCUUUUCCUCACAAGUCUUGCUUCCCAGACCCCUAAUCAUUUUUGUGGCUCUCUGCUGAACUCUUUCUGAUUUGUUCACAUCUUUCUUGAAGUGUGGGGCCCUAAACUGGGCACGGUGUUCCAGGUGAGUGCUGAAUAGAGUGCCAGCCAGUGCAUCACUCAGCAGGGGUUAGGAAGGUCUGGAAAAGGCAACAAGGCUCACCCCCGUGUUGAAAAGCACAGGGGGAGCCCUCUUUAAAGGGACUCUUCAGAAAGGAACCUUGGCCCUGGUGCAGCAACAGGUGUUGUGAGG